AUGGUAGGGUCAGUCACGACGCCCCGUUGGCGGGGAAAAAAGAGCCGUUUCGGGCGCUCCAAAGCAGUCGCCGAUGUUGGCGAUGGCCGGCAAGCGGGGGGAAAACCGCAAGUCAAGAAGGCCACCUUUGAGAGCAGCAAGAAGAAGGAGAUCGGUGUAUCAGAUCUUACACUACUCAGCAAGAUCUCCAAUGAAGCCAUCAACGAUAAUUUGAAACUCCGAUUUGAGCAUGACGAGAUUUAUACCUAUAUUGGCCAUGUGUUGGUCUCCGUGAAUCCUUUCCGAGACCUGGGUAUUUACACCGAUAAUGUCCUCGACUCCUAUCGCGGCAAGAACCGCCUUGAAGUCCCUCCCCAUGUGUUCGGAGUCGCCGAAUCCGCAUACUACAACAUGAAGUCAUACAAGGACAACCAGUGUGUUAUCAUUUCUGGAGAGUCCGGUGCUGGUAAGACGGAGGCCGCCAAGCGGAUUAUGCAAUACAUUGCCAGUGUGUCUGGUGGCAAUGAUUCGUCCAUUCAACAGACCAAAGAGAUGGUGCUAGCGACCAAUCCAUUGCUGGAGUCAUUUGGUAAUGCCAAAACACUGCGCAACAACAAUUCAUCGCGAUUCGGAAAGUACUUGGAGUUGGAGUUCAAUGCCAAUGGUGAACCGGUGGGAGCUAACAUUACAAACUAUCUGCUGGAGAAAUCGCGAGUUGUGGGCCAGAUUACCAACGAGCGAAACUUCCACAUUUUCUACCAGCUCACCAAGGGCGCCCCACAAAAGUACCGCGAUAGCUUCGGCCUACAACAGCCACAGUCCUACCUCUACACGAGCCGAUCCAAAUGUUUCGAUGUACCCGGGAUCGACGAUGUUGCCGAAUUCAAGGAUACAUUGGAUGCCAUGAGAGUUAUUGGAAUGAGUGACGCCGAGCAGGAUAAUGUCUUCCGCAUGCUGGCAGCUAUCUUGUGGAUCGGCAACGUGCAAUUUAGCGAGGACGAUUCUGGAAAUGCUGCCAUCAGCGACCAGUCAGUCGUUGAUUUCGUCGCAUACUUGCUGGAAGUUGACGCCGAGCAAGUGAACAAGGCCCUCACGAUUCGUCUGAUGGAGACUGCUCGUGGAGGCCGCAGGGGUUCUGUCUAUGAGGUACCGCUUAACAGGGCUCAAGCUGCAGCCGUACGAGAUGCUUUGGCCAAGGGAAUUUACUUCAACCUCUUCGAUUGGAUUGUAGAGCGUGUCAAUCAGUCUCUGACUGCCCGAGGAUCCAUUACCAACUCCAUUGGUAUUCUGGAUAUCUACGGAUUCGAAAUCUUUGAAAAGAACUCAUUUGAGCAACUUUGCAUCAACUAUGUCAACGAGAAGCUGCAACAGAUUUUCAUCCAAUUGACUCUCAAGGCAGAGCAGGACGAAUACGCUCGCGAACAGAUCAAGUGGACUCCGAUCGAGUACUUUGAUAACAAGGUCGUGUGCUCGUUGAUCGAAGACAAGCGUCCUCCCGGUGUCUUCGCAGCCUUGAACGAUGCCUGCGCAACCGCCCACGCCGAUCCCAGCGCGGCUGACCAGACUUUCGUCGGCAGACUGAACUUUUUGUCUCAAAACCCUAACUUCGAGGGUCGCCAAGGUCAAUUCAUUAUUAAACACUACGCCGGUGAUGUGAGCUACGCCGUCGAAGGAAUGACGGAUAAGAACAAGGAUCAGCUGUUGAAGGACUUGUUGAACCUUGCCCAAUCCAGCAGCAACCAGUUCGUCCAUACACUUUUCCCCGACCAGGUCAACCAGGAUGACAAGCGCCGCCCCCCAACUGCUGGCGACAAGAUCAAGGCUUCUGCCAAUGAUUUGGUGGCUACGCUCAUGAAGGCACAGCCAUCUUACAUCCGUACGAUCAAACCAAACGACAACAAGGCGCCCAGGGAGUACAACCAUAGCAAUGUUCUGCACCAGAUCAAGUACCUCGGUCUGCAAGAGAACGUUCGCAUUCGACGUGCUGGUUUCGCCUACCGUCAGACUUUCGACAAAUUCACUGAGCGAUUCUACCUUCUUUCUCCCAAGACAUCUUACGCCGGUGACUACACAUGGACUGGUGAUGUGGAAUCCGGUGCUAAGCAGAUCUUGAAGGACACCCGCAUCCCCCCCGAGGAGUACCAGAUGGGUAUUACCAAGGUCUUCGUUAAAACACCCGAGACGCUGUUCGCACUGGAAGCCAUGCGAGACAAGUACUGGCAUAACAUGGCCAUUCGCAUUCAGCGUGCCUGGAGAAACUAUCUCCGUUAUCGUAUUGAAUGCGCGAUCCGUAUCCAGCGAUUCUGGCGCCGCAUGAAUGGUGGACUGGAGCUCAUUAAGGUUCGUGACCAAGGACACCAAUUACUCCAGGGCCGCAAGGAGCGCCGGAGAAUGAGUUUGCUAGGCUCUCGUCGCUUCUUGGGCGAUUAUCUUGGUGUUGGAAAUUCUGGUGGUCCUGGUGCAAUGAUUCGCAGCGGCGCCGGGAUCAGCGGCACGGAAGACAUUGUUUUCUCUUGCCGUGCGGAGGUCUUGGCUCAUAAAUUCGGUCGUUCCAGCAAGCCUGUUCCUCGGAUUCUUGUGUUGACCAGUCGACAUGUCUUCAUCGUCGCGCAGAGUAUCGUUAACAACCAGCUUGACAUUUCAUCAGAACGUACCGUACCCGUCGGAGCUAUUAAGAGUGUCGGCACAUCGAACCUCAAGGAUGACUGGUUCUCGUUGGUCAUUGGCGCCCAGGAGCCUGAUCCCCUGAUUCACUGCGUCUUCAAGACUGAAUUUUUCACCCACCUGUCCACUGUUCUCCGUGGCUCUCUCAACUUGAAGAUUGGAGAGACCAUCGAAUACAACAAAAAGCCUGGCAAGUUGGCAACAGUCAAGGCAGUCAAAGAUCCAGCCGCUGGAAAUGUCGAUAGCUACAAGAGUAGCACAAUCCACACCAGUGGCGGCGAGCCUCCCAACUCUGUCUCGAAGCCUACUCCUCGGUCGAAGCCUGUUGCUGCUCGGCCAGUCACAAAGGGCAAGCUGCUUCGACCUGGUGGCCCUGGCGGUGGUCCUUCAAAACUCUCCCAGGCUGCUCGCAGACCUGUCCCCGCCGCCCAACCUCUUCCCCGGUCGACCCCCCAGCCCGCUGCAGCACCUCAACCCGCCGCACAGCCCCGCGUCGUACCUGUACCUGUUGCUGCAGUCGCAGCGUCGCACUCUCGCAACGAGUCUACCGGCUCCGUGAGGGCUCCCCCACCACCCCCUCCUGCGGCCCCCCAAGCCUCAAAGAAGCCCACCGCGAAGGUCAAAUACGACUUCAACAGCGACCGGGCCAACGAGUUAUCCAUUCGUACGGGCGAAAUUGUACAGAUCGUGUCCAAGGAAGGAAACGGUUGGUGGUUGUGCAUGAACACAACAACCUCUACUCAAGGAUGGACCCCGGAAGCCUACCUUGAAGAGGUCGCUGUGGCCGCCACAGCUAGGCCCGCUCCUCCCCCUCCCCCUGCGGCGCCCCGUGUAACCUCCAGCCCUGUGCCGAAUGGUGCUGGAGCCGCUGCCGCUGCAAAGACCAAACCCGCCCCUCCCGCUCCUCCUGCCAAGCGACCCAACAUGGCAGGGCGCAAACCCGCGCCCCCUCCUGCUCCUCGCGAUAGCACCGUGAGCAUGAAUUCGGGCGAUUCAUCCGGCGCUAGCGGUCGCGGCACACCCAAUAGUGCAUCGAACGCUAGUCUGGCGGGUGGCUUGGCCGAAGCACUAAGGGCUCGGCAGAGUGCGAUGCAGGGCAAACAUGAUGACGAUGACGAGUGGUAG